CCUGCCUGCCCCGCUUCAACACCACCAGCCACGACGAGGACAACAUUUCGGUUCGGAAAUCAGGCGCCCAAUAGCCUAAGGAAUGGCCAUAUAUUUGUGCCGUCAGGCCGACUGCCAAGCAAGUACAAUCAUGAUCUUUUGCCGUAAGGAGUCGAAGAGAAAAGCUCCACCAUGUCAAUUCACAACAAGAUCCAGCUGGCAGCCCACAAGAACGAGGUAUUGCUUCGUGGCCUCGAGGAUACAGACUCAGCGCCGUCACAGCUCAAGCAGCAGAACGCCUACAUCGCGGACCUCGAUGCGCAAAUCAAUAACAUCAGGAAGCGCGUCAACGACCUCAAGCAAAAGACAGCCAGCGAGCUGAAGGACCAUGAAAAGUACCGCGACUCGCACUUCCGUCGCUUCGCCCACAAGGCCAGCGGAAAGAAGGAGAAGUUCGCCGAGAAAGCAGCAAAAGAAGAAAAGGAGUAUUUCGACGCAAUCCAAGAGCAAAAGAGCGCCGAAGACGAACUUGCCUACGCCAAACAACUCCGCGCCGAAGCCGAGACACGCAAGAACGAAAUCUCCUCGCAAGCCCAACGCCACAACGCGCUCCAAGCCGACCUCGACGCGCUCUACAAUUCCAUCUUCGCGGGCCACACACCUGAGUUCCCCGACGAAGACCGCAAAGAAGAUGCCUGCGACGCUGCGCACGCCCACGUCCAAGACCUCACCCAACGCCUCGAGCGCGAACGCCACAUCCUCUUCCUCCUCGGGCAGACGUCUGUCAAGCUGUCUGCCGCCCGCGAACACCUCGAUGGCGCAUACGGCAUGUCGCAAUACGACAUGUUUGGCGGAGGCACAAUGGCCAGUAUGCAGAAGCGGAAUUACCUCGAGCGUGCCGAGAGCUCCAUCCAACAAGUCCGCAUGCUACAACAGCAGGUCAAGCAGGUUGCGCCUGAAAUACCUGGGCUGGGUCAACUCAAUAUCGCUAUGGGUAGUAUAUGGAGCGACGUCGUGUUUGACAAUAUUUUCUCAGACAUGCAGAUGCACGAUCAGGUUAAGCAGUCUAUUGCACAGGUUGACCGUGCGGGGAACAAGUGCGGGGAGAUUAUUAGACAGCGUGAAGCGCAGGAGAAGGGACUGCAAGGCGAGGUCGAUCAGGCAAAGGCGAAGCUACAACAUGCGCGCUUGGAACUGCAGCAGGCACGUGAAGAGGCGUUUAGGAGGGUGCUUGGUGGGCAGCAGCAGAAUGUGGGUACGGGAGGAUUUGCACCGCCUGCUGGUGAGGCUCCGCCGCCGGAGUACACGGCGCCGGCGGGUCCUCCUCCUGGGUAUUCGGCUUGAGCCGUGAGGCGGUGGUUCAUGCGUGUGGCGUGCUGAUACGGAUGGGGCUUGUGUUCGGCCCGUAUACCCUCCAUAUUCUAUGCUGUGGGGCUCGGCGCACCUUCAGUUGUCGCACGGGUAGAUAGAUACGGUCU